AUGGCAGAAAAUAUGGAUGAUGUUGUUUGGAAGAGUUUACCUCCUGUUCCUAAGGGUGUUAAGCCAUUGGAUCACCAAGUUGCUGGCCAUGUCUUUGGUAGACCCAAUGGUCAGAAACAAAAUCAGUUGGGCUUCUUACAAAAUGAUGAAGGACAAAUUUUGAAGCCCAUCCAAGGACCUAUUAAAGGGAAAAGAGAAGCUGAAUUUUAUAGUCGACUGUUUGAUAGUGAAUUGGCAAUUUCAGAACUUAUCGAACUGAGAACAUUUGUUCCUAAAUAUUUUGGUCAAUGGGUUACUGAGGAACAUCCUGGGUGCACAUACUUGAUACUGGAAAAUAUAACCCACACCUUGAAAAUUCCAUGCAUAAUGGACAUCAAAAUUGGACCAAUUACUUAUGAUAAAUAUGCUGAUGAAAACAAGAUUUCAAGUGAGAAAAAAAAAUCUCCAUUCCUUGAAAAACUUGGAUUUCAAAUUCUUGGCAUCAAAGUGUUUUCUACAAAAAUCAAAGAUUAUAUAAAAUUGGACAGAUAUUUUUUAAGAGCUUUGGAUGAAACUGCAGUUUUAGAGAAAGGUCUUAAAGUUUUCUUCAAUCUCCAUGAGCCAUUUGGUUUCUAUUUGGUAAAGACAUUUUUGGAAAAGCUUUCAGAUGUACAAAACUGGUUUUAUCGUCAGAAGAAGCUAUAUUUUAUUGCCAGUUCUUUAUUAUUUGUGUAUGAUGCAACAGUAUUUGAAUUAUUAAAUCCUGAAUCUAGUUCAGAUAUGGUUAUGCAAGCCAUAAGGAGUAAUUCAAACCUUAAAAUGAUUGAUUUCACACAUGUUUUUGAUUUUGAGACUGAAGAUGGCAGAGAUGAAAACUAUAUUACUGGUCUCAACAGUCUGGUUAAAUUUAUGGAACUUGUUCAGAAAUCUUAA